AAAGAACAAUUAAUGGCGCUUGGACAUUUUAAUUUCAAAGAUCUGUUUUUGCAUUAUUGAAUUCAUAGUUUAUUUAUUAAGGUUAUCCAGAAUUGCAAUGUGGAAUAUAUAUAUGCCAAGAAUUGACCAAUUUCAAACAUAAAAGUAAACGAUGGACUUUCUAAUUACUUAAAACGAGCAUAAAUAAAAUAGAAUAUUAGCCGCCGACGGACAAACCAAAACCACGUUAGCUCUUACCUCAUUUUCGCAAACACUUUUGUUCUCUUUCUUCGAACGUACAACGAGGACUCUGACUCUGUACCUCUCAUCUCCUUCCUUCUCUCUCUCUCCGAUUCCAUCUUAAUAUUCCUUUUUAGUCUUUCUCCAAUCGUUAUUAAAGAAGCGGUUGAAUUUCUUGAUUUUUCUCUUCCUUCUUCCUGGGAUUUCGUUCUUUUGACAAGAAACCUUGAUCAGGUUUCUAUUAAGAGAGAAACGAAAUGUCAGGAUCACAGAGCAGUUUAAGAAGGUAUCUUGGAGCUAUCAAGGAUACAACAACAGUUUCAUUAGCAAAAGUCAAUAGUGACUACAAGGAAUUGGAUAUUGCUAUUGUGAAGGCUACUAAUCAUGUGGAGCGUCCUUCGAAAGAAAGAUACAUCAGAGCUAUUUUCAUGGCUAUUUCAGCAACAAGGCCUCGCGCAGAUGUGGCUUAUUGUAUCCAUGCUCUGGCAAGGCGGUUAUCGAAAACACAUAACUGGGCGGUUGCACUGAAAACUCUUAUUGUUAUUCACCGUGCGUUGAGAGAAGUGGACCAAACGUUUCAUGAAGAAGUUAUUAAUUAUAGCAGAAGCAGGAGUCAUAUGCUUAACAUGUCUCAUUUUAAAGAUGAUUCUAGUCCAAAUGCAUGGGAUUACUCUGCUUGGGUGCGUUCCUAUGCUCUAUUCUUAGAGGAACGAUUAGAGUGUUUCCGUGUUUUGAAGUACGAUGUUGAGAUUGAUCCUUCAAAAACCAAAGAUUUGGACACUCCUGAUUUGCUCGAACAACUUCCAGCUCUACAAGAACUUCUUUUCCGUGUUCUUGAUUGUCAGCCUCAAGGAGCAGCUGUUCAAAACCAUAUUAUCCAAUUGGCACUCUCAAUGGUUGUAACUGAGAGCACUAAAAUCUACCAAGCACUAACAGAUGGCAUAGACAAUUUGGUUGAUAAGUUCUUCGAGAUGCAACGGAACGAUGCUCUAAAGGCGUUGGAUAUGUACAGAAGGGCGGUAAAACAGGCAGAGAGGCUUUCUGAAUUUUUCGAAGUUUGCAAAAGUGUUUAUGUUGGACGUGGAGAUAGAUUUAUAAAGAUUGAGGAGCCUCCCACUUCUUUUCUACAAGCAAUGGAAGAGUAUGUGAAAGAAGCACCAUUAACAGCAGGGGUCAAGAAGGAACAGACAGUAGAGAAACUUAUUGCUCCCAAAGAGAUUUUGGCCAUCGAGUACGAAAAGCCCUCAAAGGUUGUCGAAGAGAAACGGGAACCACCUGAACCGGUUAAACCGGAAGCAGAGAAGCCUGUAGAGAAACAACCUGAUUUACUGUCUAUGGAUGAUCCAGCUCCAGUUGUCUCUGAACCUGAAGAGAAGAAUGCUUUGGCUUUGGCGAUUGUCCCUGUUAACGUUGAGCCGACAGCCAAUUUCACAAACGGGAACUCGACUGGCUGGGAAUUGGCACUUGUGACGGCCCCAAGCUCAAAUGAAGGUGCAGCUGCAAAUAGCAAAUUGGCGGGUGGAUUGGACAAGCUUACACUUGACAGCCUAUACGAGGAUGCAAUCAGAGUGAGUCAACAGCAAAACAGGAGCCAUAAUCCGUGGGAACAGCAUCCAGUUCAUAACGGUCCCAUGAUGCACCAACCUUUCUUUGUAUCUAAUGGCAUUACAGCUCCUCAUUCUGUUCAAAUGGUGAAUCAAAAUCAUCAACCGUAUGCAUUUCAGUAUCAGAACUCAGGAAUGAUGAUGGGACCUGUACAACCAUAUCAGCAGCUACAACAACAACAACAUCAGAACAUGAAUCCCUUUGGCAACCCAUUUGUCUCUAAUGGUAAUCCGCACCAACCGUAUGGCUCGGUUCAAGGUUACAACAAUCCACAUUCUAGCCUUAUGUGAGGUGUGAUACUAAUGUCUGUUGUGUACAAUUUAUAUAUGUAUACGAGUAUAUGUUGUGAGGUGAUUGUAGCUAGAGAAAUUCUUUUUGUUCAGUACAUAGUACGUCUGUGUCUGUGUUGAUGUAUCAGCGAGAGAAAGUUGGGUUUUUAAGGACACCAUUUGGUUUUGAGAAAAUUAUCCCAAAAUAUGUUGUAAAAAAAUCUAUGCACUUUAACCAUUUCUUCACAUUAUAUAUACGAGUAUAUGUUGUGAGGUGAUUGUAGCUAGAGAAAUUCUUUUUGUUCAGUACAUAGCACGUCUGUGUCUGUGUUGAUGUAUCAGCGAGAGAAAGUUGGGUUUUUAAGGACACCAUUUGGUUUUGAGAAAAUUAUCCCAAAAUAUGUUGUAAAAAAAUCUAUGCACUUUAACCAUUUCUUCACAUGCGAAGCUUUCAGUUUUGAGUGGGAAGGCAUAAUGCAGAUUCUUUUGGACAACUCUCGGGAUACCAUAACUCCGUUUUUGCUGAGGUAUGCUUUUCAGGUGGCGAUUCACAUAAUUUGGAGAGAGCGGAAUAGAAGGAAGCAUGGCGAC